CGGUUCCGCUUCGGAAGCACGAAACGCAUGACCACCAACGAUUCCAUGCUACAUAGUGAUUCAACAUUUUGACUUCAUUUUUUACUUGUGUGAUUAGGAGUAAGACCUUGAAAACCCGAGUCACUGGCUGCCCCAAGACCAUUGAUGGUGAUUUGAAAUGCAUAGAGGUUCCUACUAGUUUUGGAUUUGAUACUGCUUGCAAGAUUUACACUGAAAUGAUUGGAAAUGUCAUGAUUGAUGCAAGGUCAACUGGAAAGUAUUACCACUCUGUACGACUUAUGGGUCGUGCUGCUUCCCACAUUAUGCUCGAGUGUGCCUUACAAACUCACCCAAACAUAACCAUUAUUGGAGAGAAAGUGUCUGCGCAGAAGCAGACUUUGAAGAAUGUCACGGAUUACAUGGUAGAUGUUAUCUGCAAGCGUUCUGAACUUGGUUACAACUACGGUGUUAUUCUGAUUCCAGAAGGUCUGAUCGAUUUUAUUCCCGAGGUCCAAGAGCUGAUCGCAGAACUAAAUGAAAUUUUGGCAAAUGAGGUUGUUGAUGAAAGUGGAGAGCGGAAGAAGAAGCUCGCUGAACAAUCUUUGAAGCUCUUUGACCUUCUACCUGAAGCGAUUCAGGAACAACUGAUACUCGAGAGAGAACCACACGGAAAUGUCCAGGUGGCCAAGAUUGAGACAGAGAAGAUGCUUAUUCAAAUGGUUGAAACUGAGCUGGAGAAAAGAAAGCAAGCUGGUUCUUACAAGGGACAGUUCAUGGGGCAGUCUCAUUUCUUCGGGUAUAAAGGAAGAUGUGGUUUGCCUACAAAUUUUGAUGCAACCUACUGUUAUGCGCUUGGUUAUGGCGCUGGAGUACUUCUCAACAGUGGGAAAACCGGACUGAUCUCUUCGUAACUGUAAUGGGCGCAUGUGGGGAACUUGGCUGCUCCUGUGGAAGAGUGGACUGUAGGUGGGACUGCUCUUACAGCCUUGAUGGAUGUCGAGAGGAGACACGGUAAGUUCAAGUUUGUGAUCAAGCAAGCAAUGGUGGAGCUUGAAGGUGCACCGUUUAAGAAAUUCGCAUCACUGCGCGAGGUAUGGGCUUUGAAGAAUCGAUACAUCAGCCCUGGUCCAAUCCAAUUCACGGGACCUGGUUCAGAUGCUCUCAGCCACACUCUACUUCUUAAACUUGGUGAUCAAUAAUCUCUGGAUUAACCAGUCUCUUUUCAUUUUCUUGAUUUUCUGCUUUCAUUGGAGACGCACAUUUGAUCUUUCUUUCUUAUCUUGGAAAGUCUACAUGUUACGGUUAAGCUUUCACCACACUAGAUGUUGUCUUCCCCUUCUGUUCUUUUACAUAUAAUAAUAUCAUAAUGUGGACGACAUAGUCUAAAAUGUAUAAAGUUGAAACAAUCUAUAUCAGAACAGAGCUU